ACGCGCUGCGUCAGUAUUCCGCGAGCUUCCAUCGCGUUCUGUUGCAGUUGAACGUCGAGGAAGGAGCUACCCUGUUCGAUAGUGAACUGCGGAGUACGAGAAAAAGUGCCUUUCAUCUAAAGUAAGAAACAACGAAUUAAAGGAUGGCGGACGACAGUCACGAGAACGGCACCAGCAACGGCGACGUACCCGAAAUCGAGUUAAUCAUCAAGGCAUCCACGAUCGAUGGUCGCCGAAAGGGUGCGUGCCUCUUCUGUCAAGAAUAUUUUAUGGACUUGUAUCUUCUCGCCGAGCUGAAAACAAUUUCUCUAAAAGUGACUACGGUCGAUAUGCAGAAACCGCCACCUGAUUUCCGUACCAACUUUCAAGCAACGCCACCGCCAAUUUUAAUCGAUAACGGCGAUGCAAUAUUAGAAAACGAGAAAAUCGAACGGCACAUUAUGAAGAACAUUCCCGGUGGACACAAUCUCUUCGUGCAGGACAAAGAAGUGGCUACCCUUGUUGAGAACUUGUUCAGUAAAUUGAAACUGUUACUACUGAACGCGAAGGAUAAGGAUAAAGACCCGAAAUCCUCGUCCCUGAUGGCACACUUGCGCAAAAUUGACGAGCAUCUAGGUCGUAAGGGUACUCGUUUCCUCACAGGCGACACAAUGUGCUGUUUCGACUGUGAGCUUAUGCCACGACUCCAACAUAUCAGGGUGGCUGGAAAAUACUUUGCGGACUUCGAGAUUCCGGAAACUUUAGUGCAUCUCUGGCGAUAUAUGCAUCAUAUGUAUAGGCUCGAUGCCUUUUUACAAAGUUGCCCGGCGGACCAGGACAUUAUUAAUCACUACAAGUUACAACAGAGCAUGAAAAUGAAGAAGCACGAGGAGUUGGAGACUCCAACGUUUACGACCAGUAUCCCAAUCGAGGUCAACGACGACUAGGCUGGACCUUUGUCGUCGGGUCUAUGAUCUCGUUACUUUGAUGCAGAAAAAUUGUCGACAUCGGUGUAGAUAUGAGCGGUAUGAACAAGAUGACGCGGAGUAAACUUUUCUGCGAAUGUUCCAGUUUAACAGGAAAAGUCCACUAUUUAUAAAAAGUAUAUGGAGUCUGAGUACUCUUAGGAAAAAGUUUCCGUCAUCUAAGAUUUGACCACGCCAAUACCGCUACACCGAUUUAUAUAACAUUUUUGCUACAUACAUUUGAUAAAUUAUCAUCGACACUCUUUUAUGGCCUACACUGAUGCAGAACAAGUAGCUUUUUUACCGCAGAAGACAGGAGAAGAUACAUAUAUAAGUGUACUAAGGCUUUCGAGAAUCACUUGUAGGCGUAUUCAGAAAACUUAAAUAUUUUCCUUUCCUUUCUUCCCAUAUUUUUUUCUUUCUUUCU